AUGUCCGUGGUCGUAUCUCUACUGCAAGUGACGAUCAAUAAGUUUUUAUUCGAGCGCUUAGCCCUUGCGAGUCAGGUCGCACUGUUGACUUCCGUGCACUUUCUAAGUACAUAUUGCAUAGUGUAUGUGCUAAGCUGGUGGUGUUCGUUCGAUUCGAAAUAUCUUGGCAUCGCUGGCGAGCUAAAACUUGGGUUAGUUCACGCUACUUUCGUGUAUCUUUCUCAAGUAUCACUAGCAUACAACUCUUUGUCACUCUAUCAAGUUUCGCGUUUGCUUGUGACCCCAUGUACUGUUCUGCUCAAAUUUUGUAUGUACCGAGAGAUCACAGGAAAACGUCGAGUGAUCGCACUCGGACUUAUCGUCUAUGGCUGCGCGUUGGUCACUGCGCCGGAUUUAAGCGUGAGAACUAACUUUGUCGGAGCAUUUGCGUUGGUUGGAGCUAUACCAGCAGCUUCUUUGGCACAGGUAUGGUGUGCUCAAUAUCAAAAGGAGCUGAGCACCGCUCAAUUUCUGUUGAACUGGACGCGCUCUGCCGGAUGCUUUCUUCUCAUUUGGGCCCUUGCAUCUGGUGAAGUUGACACUCAAACGUUUGCAGAUAUUGCUGACCCGUUGAAGUGCUUGUGUGUUAUCAUCUCGUGUUGUGUUGCCUGCCUCGUCAAUUUCUCUGGUACACUUGUCAUCAGUAGAAUCGAUGCGUUAGGUUUUCAAGUGUUAGGUUGUCUGAAAAUGAUAUGCAUAGUCUCUGCAGGCGUGCUUCUGUUUGGUGAUGCAAUGACUAUCACAUCAUUUACCGGAUGCUUGAUAACAGUUAUCGCUUCAAUCAUGUACGCUGAAAAUACGAUGGUUGCUGAGAUACGACCUUACUUUACCGGUGCCACUAUUUGUCUCGUAUUUAUCAGUACACUUAACCUUCGAAUGGACGUAUCCAGCUUUUUUCUAUCCAGUGUUACCGACUCAGUGGGUACCACUGAGCAGAAAGAAUGGGGACUUGUUGCGUGUGCCAUGGCACGAAUGGAUGCCCACCUGCUUCAAUCUUGGGUGCUUUGGAAUCAUGUGGCGGGGAUCGAGCAUUUUAUUAUCAUGAACAACAAUGAUAUUUCGCCGUCAGGUAUGCGAGAUCAAUUCUUUGAGGCUGUGGAACCUCUUAUCCAGCGAGGACUCGUUACAGUCCAAAACUAUUACAAGGAUGUUAUGAAUAAUUUCUCCCUCGCUGAUGAGUACGGGCUCAACAGGUCAGAUUACGAGAGUCUAUUCGCCAUAAGUGGUGAAAACUGCUUGAAAAAGAGGUGUUACGACCUUUAUGCUCAUCGUGCAAAAUGGCUAGCUAUGCUCGAUGUCGACGAAGUUGUAGUAUCUAUCAAUGGUCGAUCCCUUCUGGACUAUCUUGAGCAGCCACUAAUUCGUGACAACUUACAUAUUGGAGGUCUAGGUAUCCUAUGGCGUAUCGUUCACUAUAGCGAACACUUUUUGAAACCGAAGGCGAUAGAUGCGUUUGAGCCAUACAAGCUCUGUGAUCGCCAUCCAAGUGAAAGGAAUAUCAAAACGAUAGUCCGUGGGAUUACUCCUGGUUCAAUUGCGCCUGUGAUGGAUAUAAAGAAUGCACACUAUAUGGACUACAACGAUGGUUAUUAUUGUGUUCUAGAGAACUCUCUGACAGACAUUACCAGCUGUGAUCCCACGAAAACGCUGUACAAUAGUCAAUGGCUUCGUCCAAAGAGUGCAGAAUUUCAGCUCAAUCAUCAUUUCAGUCGCAGCUUUGAAGAGUUCUUGCUCAAGAGCAUGCGGGGUAUGCAUCUCACGUAUGAAAUGGAUAGCCUGCGCGAAGAUUUUGCAGUUCAUCAAAUGUGUACACCCAUUGUCGAUGGACCUACAGUUGCAGCGGCCACAGCUGUACGUAGACUCCGGCAGAGAAUGCAUCUUUUGUCCGAGAGUCCAUCACCCGGCUCGUUGACUGGUGGGAAGUUCUCGUGGCCUUCGCAAAAGUACGACGUUGUCGUUCGAGCGAUUGAACAGCGUCAAGACUGGAAUGCCACGUUUUACCUCAACAACAAUACUAAUGCAUCGUGUAUACCUCACUUGCCACAAGACAGUUUCAUACAUUUCUGGAUGGAGGGUUACGACAACAGAUGUCAAUUCCAGUUCGAUUAG